UUUUUUUGCAGAUUUUUUUUUUACCAUUCCGUCAUUGUUGAUUAAAAAAGUGCCAAUAUCUUAUCUAAUGUUGCGCAUUUCGAGGUUGGAACGUAUUCGGGCCGCAGAUCCUAAACUCGUCCCGCAAAAUGGCUAGUUCUUUCGCUCCCGUGUGCGACGUUUACGCCCAAGCACGUAAAUGUUUCGUAGAGAAUUUCGGCUCCGCGCCGGAGGCGGCUGCGUGUGCGCCGGGCCGCGUUAAUUUGAUUGGCGAGCACACGGACUACAACGAUGGCUUCGUGCUGCCAAUGGCCCUGCCGAUGGUCACGGUGGUCGUCGGCAGGAAGAACGACUCGGACGAGUGCAACGUGGUGACCACCUUCCAGGACACGGACCAGCCCCCCCGCGUGACCUUCCCGGCCCCGUCCAAGGGCCAGCUGGAGCCCGGCGCCCCCGCCUGGUCCAACUACGUCAAGGGGGUCGUCGCCAACUUCAAAGGCACCGUUCCCGGCUUCGACGCGGUGGUCGCCUCGAGCGUGCCGGUGGGCGGGGGACUGUCCAGCAGCGCCGCGCUGGAGGUCUCCGUCUACACCUUCCUGGAGCGCCUGACGGGGCAGACGGCCGACACGCCGACGGACAAGGCGCUGGCGUGCCAGAAGGCGGAGCACGAGUUUGCGGGGAUGCCGUGUGGCAUCAUGGACCAGUUCAUCUCCGUGCUGGGCAAGAAAGGGAACGCGCUCCUCAUCGACUGCAGGUCCCUGGGACACUCGCUGGUGCCGCUGGACAACGAGGACGUCGUGGUGCUCAUCACCAACUCGAAGGUGAAGCACGAGCUGACGGGCAGCGAGUACCCCGCCCGGCGCGCCCAGUGCGAGGCGGCGGCCCGCGCCCUCGGCGUGCCGAGCCUGCGUGACGCCAAGCCCGAGAACCUCACAGCCCUGGAAGGGAAGGACGUGGACGACACGACCUUGAGGCGGGCCCGGCACGUCGUCUCGGAGAUCGAGCGGUGCGAGCGCGGGGCGGAGGCCCUGAUGCGGGGCGACUACGUGGCGUUCGGCAAGCUGAUGGUGGAGAGCCACGAGUCGCUGAGGGACGACUACGAGGUGUCGUGCGCGGAGCUGGACCGGCUGGUGUGCGCCGCGCUGCAGGCGGAGGGAGUCCUGGGCUCGCGCAUGACGGGCGCCGGCUUCGGGGGCUGCACCGUCACGCUGGUGUACAAGGGCGCGGUCGAGAAGGCGAUCGCAAACAUGAAGGCCAAGUUCAGCGGCGACCCAGAGUUCUUCAUCGUGACGGCCUCGGAUGGGGCAAAGUUCAUAGACACCAAGUAACCCCGGCAGUCACGGGGUGCAGACACGGUGCUUGCUUUUAAAAAAAAAAUACUUACGUUUACUAACGUGUCUUUCCAACUCUCCUUUACUUAUCGAAACCAAAAAAAAUAAUUAUAUUUAAAAAGUUCCUAUGGUUUUAAACCAUGUUCUGUCACUAUUUUCUUCAGUAUUUCAUCGUUUGGUGCUAAAUUGAGGUUUUAAGUGUUUUUGUUUUAUUUUGUUCGAUGUACCUGUUACCUACAGUUUGACUGUGUUAAGUACAACAUUAUGAAAAUUAUAUAUUUUAUGAAUUAUC